ACUAGCCAUCGUACGUCGUUCCCCAAAGCUGCCCGGUCUUCUUUUUCAAAGUUUUCAACUUUCAAACCCUUUCAUUUCUCUUCUUCUUUAUUCCUCUUCUUCUUCAGCUCGUCCCUAAAAUAUCAUCUGCAUUUAAAACCUCCAUUACUCUUUUCUCCCAACAACAAAAUAAGAACCAGGUCGUAGAAAUCAGAUUCUGUCUCUCUCUCUCUCUCUCUCUCUCUCUCUAUCUGCAUUGUUUCUUUCUCAUAUAAGCUGGAGAUCGACUAUAAAUCCCUCCAAGGACUUCUAUCAAACACCUAAUUUCUCCAUCUAUUACAUAAAAGAAAUGAAUGCCGUUGGGAGACAAAUGCAGCAGCGAUCUACUACUUCUUCUGCUCAUCACCAGCGCCAGUACUCUGACAACUUCCUUGAUUCCUCCUCCAACAGCAAAUGGCUCCAAUCAGCUGGCCUUCAACACCUCCAGUCCUCCAAUGCGGCGGAUUAUUCGAAAAUAUUCAGGAAUGUUCAUCGGAACGUUAAUGGAGGUGCGGAGCUCUUCUCUGAGCCAUCAACCCCGCCCGAUUACUCACGGUCGUCGAGCCAGCGGAAGAAUGGCGAGGAUUCCGUCUCUCCAAAUGAACUCAGCCCUGGGAUCUUGGAUCUGCAUUCACUUGACACGGACCUUCUACCGGAAGUGCCCGCUCCUGGGUUAUAUGAUGGUCUUCCCUCCUAUCAUCCUUCUCGGGGCAGAAGCUUCGAUGAUUCAGAGCCAUACUUUGCUACCACCAGACAGACAAACAGAACUCGAGAAUUGCCAGAAAAUAAUCUUUCGAAGAGUUUCGCUGCAGAUAGAGAGAAGACUAGUUCUGUCGCUAAGAUCAAAGUAGUGGUGCGGAAGAGACCACUUAACAAAAAGGAAAUAUUGAAGAAAGAGGAAGAUGUCGUAACUAUAGAACCUAAUAUGAAUUUUCUCACUGUUCAUGAGACUAAACUCAAGGUAGACCUAACAGAGUACGUUGAAAAACAUGAAUUUGUUUUUGAUGCAGUGCUGGGUGAGGAAGUUUCAAAUGAUGAGGUUUAUCGUGAGACUGUGGAGCCCAUUGUCCCAAUAAUUUUUCAACGGACCAAGGCUACCUGUUUUGCAUAUGGGCAAACAGGAAGUGGAAAAACUUACACUAUGCAACCACUGCCCCUUAAAGCGUCCCAGGAUAUUCUAAAGUUGAUGCACCAUACCUAUCGGAACCAAGGUUUUCAGCUGUUUGUUAGUUUCUUUGAGAUAUAUGGCGGGAAGCUUUUUGAUCUAUUAAACGAUAGGAGAAAGCUUUGCAUGAGGGAGGACGGUAAACAGCAAGUAUGCAUCGUGGGUUUGCAAGAAUUCAGAGUGUCAGAUGUGGAGACAAUCAGGGAGCUCAUUGAAAAAGGAAAUGCUACUAGGAGUACGGGCACAACUGGUGCCAAUGAGGAAUCGUCACGUUCUCAUGCAAUACUUCAACUUUCAAUCAAGAGGUCUGUUGAUGGCAGUGAAUCAAAGCCUGCUCGUGUUGUUGGCAAGCUAUCCUUCAUAGAUCUUGCAGGCAGCGAACGUGGUGCAGACACCACAGAUAAUGAUAAACAGACAAGAAUGGAAGGUGCUGAGAUCAACAAAAGCUUACUUGCACUGAAGGAAUGCAUUAGGGCUCUUGACAAUGAUCAGGGUCAUAUUCCUUUCAGAGGGAGUAAACUGACUGAAGUUUUAAGGGAUUCAUUUGUUGGUGAUUCACGCACUGUCAUGAUAUCAUGCAUUUCACCAAAUUCGGGCUCGUGUGAACAUACUCUCAACACCCUAAGAUAUGCUGAUAGGGUGAAGAGCCUUUCAAAGGGGAACAACUCCAAGAAGGAUCUCCAGUCAGCAACCUUAGGUCUAAGAGACUCGACUACUGUUCCCUUAUCUUCAGUUCUACCUACAGUCUCCACCUUUGAUGGCAUUAUGGUUGAUGUUUCUGGCGAAACCAACAGAUUUGGGUGGUCAAAGCAAGUUCAAUCAGAAACCUCUCUGCCUUAUAAUGUGAACCAUGGCCUCGGUGGAAGAGAUGAGAGGCAUUUGGCUUCUGAAUACGUAGAUUAUUCUAAGGAACAGAGGGGUAGGGGUUACACAACUGGAGAGGAUUUUGGUUUCUCCCAGGAGUCAGAUCAGCAAAACAAACCAUCAUGGAAGAUGGGCAAGCAAGAGCCGCUCCAGAUUUCAGCUGCAAAUGAUAAGACUAGGAAAGUCAACGCUCUGAUGAAAUGGAAGGACAUGGAAGGUUUAGAUGCGAAUAGCUCUCGUCCAGAUGAUGAUCUGAAUGCCCUUUUGAAGGAAGAAGAAGAUCUAGUGAUUGCGCAUCGGAAACAAGUGGAGGAGACAAUAGAUAUUGUUCGGGAGGAAAUGAAGCUGUUGGUUGAAGCAGAUCAGCCGGGCAAUCAGUUGGACGAUUACAUCUCUAAAUUGAACACCAUUCUUUCACAGAAGGCUGCAGGAAUCUUAAAUCUGCAAACACGUUUGUCUGAUUUCCAGAGGCGUUUGAAUGAACACAAUGUUCUAGUAUCUUCACUGAGCCAUUAGUUUUUAUUUUCAACGCUGAUGGAAGCUACUGGCUUGCGUUACGGUGUGGUCAUACAUUAUAUCGUGCAUUAUCCGCACAUACCAUAUUUGCAACUGAUGAUGGAUUGGUGGAGCAGCUUGAUGAAGGGGCGGCAUUGUUCACUGUUGAUAUUCCGCACCUUGUAGCCGAUUCUUAAAGGCAGGGGAUUGUGGCUAUUGUCAUGCUGGUUGAUGUGUUGAUUCUAUUGAUGGGUUCUGCUUGGGUAAUUGAGUAAUCUCGGCUCUGUGAAUGAGUUGCAGUAUAUCGAAGUUUCUUCCCGUUUCCAGUUUUCACUGGUGUUGUUAUAGUAAAAUAUCCUAUUCUCAUUGUGGCAUCAUUUUAUAAAGCUCACAUGUUAUGCGAAACUAGCUACUUGGUGAGUCUAAUCUAAAUUGGAUUUGAUUUC